AUGAAGUUCCUCUGUCUCCCCGGCGCCUAUGGCAGCGCCAAGAAUUUCCAGGUCCAGCUUGGCCCUUUUGCUGCCGAGUGCGAGAAGACCGGUGUGGUGGAACUCGCUUGGACCCAAGGCACUGUUCCCGCAAAGCCGCCUCCUGGCUUCGAAGACUACUUUGGUCCCGGCCCGCUGUACCGCUUUGUGGAGUUUGACGGCAUGGAGGGCUUUGAAGACAUCCUCGACAAGAUCCGUGACUUCCCAGAGGGCAUCUCGGCCGAAGACACGAUGCGUCGCCUCUUCAGCAGCCACGACAGCCAGGGCUCAGCGUACAGCGACGUGAACUUGCGCAAGGCUCUUGAUCACCUGUUCGCUGUGAUUGACGCCGAUCCCGAAAUCGAGGGCAUUCUGGGCUACUCUGAAGGAGCCACGACAGCAGCCAGUCUCGUCUUGGAAGAGCGUCGACGGGCCGAGGAGCACGGAAUCCCACGCCGGAUCAAGGCGGCCAUUUUCCUGGCUGGCUGGCCCCCGCUGAAGCUGCAAAAUGGGGAGGUGCACGCGUUGCUGGCCGACGAGUGUGAAGAUGUCAUCGACAUCCCCACUUGUCACAUUGUAGGCUGCUACGAUCCGUACAUCCAUGGAGCAAUGGCCCUGUACAAUCUGUGUGACGAAGAUAGCGCCGAGCUGUUUGACCAUGGCAAAGGUCACACGGUGCCGAGGGACGCAGUCACGUUGCGAGAGCUCGGAGAAGCAGUCAUCAGGCUGACGGCAAGGGUGGACGAUUAG